CGGCGGGUCGCGAGGUGCGCGUGUGCGGGAAACGCAGGACGGGUUUUUUUUAAUUUCCUUUUUUUUUUGCUUGCUUUCUUUCUUUUUUAAAAGAAGCUUCUCGGCGCUGUUUUUUAAAAAAAUUCUCUGGUUUCUCUAUCCUGACUGUUGGCCAUGGCGUACCGCGGGCAAGGCCAGAAGGUGCAGAAAGUGAUGGUGCAGCCUAUCAACCUCAUUUUCCGCUACCUGCAGAAUAGAUCCAGGAUUCAGGUUUGGCUAUAUGAACAAGUAAACAUGCGGAUAGAAGGCUGUAUCAUUGGUUUUGAUGAAUAUAUGAAUUUAGUUCUGGAUGAUGCUGAGGAAAUUCACUCUAAAACAAAAUCAAGAAAACAGUUGGGUCGAAUCAUGUUAAAAGGAGACAAUAUUACUCUUCUGCAAAGUGUUUCCAACUAGAAAAUACCUAGUGUUUCUGUUGUAAUAUUAAUGUUUAAUCUUUUUAAAAAAUUUGCUAGCUUAAUGCUAUCAUUUCUGAUUUGGUAUCUGAGGCAAGAAUGAAGACAGCAACUUAGUUCAUGCUUCUGUAAUUUUCAAUAACUUUUUUACACUUGUGUGUAACUAUUUCUUUAUAAAUAAAUGUUUUUAUUAAUAUA